AUGCGCAGAUUGGACCGCGAUCUCCCAUCACGAGUCCACUCCAACAUUGUGCAACAUCAACCCGAACUGGCCCACCUGCACGACAGUCUCGCAGCAAUAGAGCACCAGUGGAAUUCUCUCCCACAACCACAAUGCGAGGGCCUGGAUGGCCUGUUUGGGGCCCCCUCCCUCCAGGUGCCUUCCGACCUCCUAUGCGCCACGCAUGCAGCGCACGACACCCUAAUGCGUAUCCUCUCCUCUUGCUUGCCCCCGCCUGAGCCAGUGGCUAAGAGGUUGCAGGGUCGUACUGCCUCGGCUUGGCAUGCCUGCAUCCUGGAGCUGCGCCGGGUCAAGCGAGCCAUAUUGGACGAUGUGCAAGCAUCGGGGCGUCUGCGACCACACUGCCUAUCGUUGAUCGACCUGGCAGACAGCUGGGCAAAGGCAACAGGAAUGGAUUCCCAUCAUCGAACCCAGCAUGCCCGCCCUGCCUUGCCAAGCUGGGACACCUUCGAUUCUGACCCUGCCGCCUGGGCGCGCAGCCUGGGCUUCCCCCCUGAAAUCCUUGCACAGAUGCCGGAAGCCUCUGGCGUCACCCCUCCGCCUGCCCGCUCGCAGGCGGAGCCACCGCAUAUCACCUGCAAUAUUCUCCUAUCUGGGGGCUUCAGCUACUCCGUGACGGUGAAGUCUCGGCAUGGGCGCGCAAAAUGUUCCCUUAAUCUAGCGGUUCUAGUCCACGCUGCAACCCGCCCCGAUUCCGCUCACCUGGCCAAAGCCUUCCUCACACCUGGCCCAUGGAUCCUAUCCCCACUGCCACUGCACGCCGUGGUCCCGAUAUCCGACCAGCGCGUCAGGGCUGGGCCAUGGGUGCUCACUGUGGAACGGGGUUGCUGGUAUGCCACCCGCCCAGCCCCCUGCCCAGGCCCGCGCCUCAAGGUUAUUGCACUGGGGGACACGCCGUUCAAGCACCUCACCAUGGACCACUUCAUGCAUAACUCCCACCCGGGCACCUUGAUCUUGCGCGUGCAAGAGCAGCCUGACUACACCUUGGUCCGACCUGUCUCGUCAGAAGAACAGCGGUUCCUUCUCGCAAAAUUUCGCCCUUCUCGUCCGGGCCCGAGCGGCUGGAAAGUGUGCUACAUCGAGGCCUUCCCGCCUGAUGUCCAGCAGCUCUAUUGGCACUGCCUUGACAUGCUACGUAUGCUUGGCACGGUGCCAUCAUCCCUGCAGCACGCGACCCAGAUCCAUCUGCCCAAACCCUCUGGAGGUUGGCGCCCCCUUUCUAUGCUUGAAGAGUCCUUCAAAGCCGUAGAAGCUGUGGUCGCGUCAAGGCUUGCGGAGCUGAGGGACCCAUGGCACUCGGAUGCCCCUUUUAGUCGCUUCAACCGGGCCUACUCCAAAGGCGUCGCCGCAGCCCCGGAAGUCCUCUAUCUGGACUGCCUUGUUUGUGAAGAUGCACAGCGGUCUGGGCGUCCACUCCUGCGCGUGCCAGCUGAUUAUGAAAAAUUUUUCAACGUUCUCCAGCUGGCGGAGGUCGAUGCCCUGCAACAAGGCCGAGGCAUUCCCGAUUCCGUCCGUCGCCUGCAUCACGCCUUGUUCUCCAACAUGAACGUCCAGCUUAGCACCAGAUCCGGCCUGACGCCUCCUCUGCCUGUUGCACGUGGCGUGCCUCAAGGAGCUGUCUCCUCACCGGAAGUGUCUCGCGCUGCCCAAGACCCCCUGUUGCGCCUCCGGCCCGUUGACGGUGCCGCCUACCUCACCAGCGCAGGUCGACGGGUCGUGGCCGCGGGCUACGUAGACGACAUCGAACACUACGGCAGCGGCCUGGCAGAUCUCCCUGUCAUUCUGCAAAACCUCGAAACCGGCAGCCAGGCUUCCGGUAUAGGGUUCGCCUGGUCCAAGUUCUCCGCCUAUGCUUCGGACUGUGCUCAAGUCCGCAGCUGGGACAUCUGGCUCGGUGGCAUGCGCUCCUUCUUCUUACCCCGUUCUGCUGCAACGGACGUAGACAAACUGCUCGGCAAGCGCGGCACUCCCCUCGACCGCCACUCCCACGCACGAGAAGACCUCAUCAGCAAACUCUCCUCUGUCAGAUCCCGCCUAUCUAGCAAGUGCUGCGCCUGGGAUGAGGUAGCUGCAAUGACCCAGUGGGUGCUUGGCGGAGUGCUCGGCUACGCCCCUCUCUUGGGCAUCCCUCCCCCGGCGGACUUCGCCGCUCUCCACAGACUCUUGCAUGCAGGACUUGGUGUGCGCAGCACCUCGGAGCGGGUGAGCCUGUCUGCUCCUCGCUCUGCCGGGGGCCUGGGCAUCCCGUUACUCUCCGAGAUGCUCGUAGCCGCUGUGGCUUCUGACCUGCUUCUGCUGCUCAACGGUACCUCCCAAGCUGCUGACCUGGCUCGUGAUAGUCUCCGUGCAGCUUUGGACUCCCCGCCAGCCGAGCUACCACAGCACCGCGGUCUGGUUGUCACAGCCCUGCACUUCCUUGCCGGCUACGGCUUGUACCUCAGCGUGUCGACCGACCGCUUCAUUAGCCGCCUACUGGACAACCUUAACCCUUCUCCCCUCCAGCCGCUACACGGCCCUUUCAACCCUAGCCGAUUUGAAUCUGCGGCGCGUUUUGCGCGAUGUGGCAUCUUCGCCAACUCUGUCAGAGCCGCCUGGAAACAACUGCUAGCCCAGUAUAUCCCGCCGUCUCGCUGGGGAGAGGCAGAGCUGUGGUCUAACCUCCUGCCCGAACACCUACCUCUCUCCAGUCACGCCUGCGCCAGAGCUGCACGAGCGGCCCUGCAUCAAGCGGAUUCUGACUGGCAGCAAGAAUGCCUCAUCUUUCACGUCCCUGCAGCCCCUGCGCCAGCAGAAGACUGGAGGGAUGUGGCCUGGGUAGACCCCUGGCUCCCUUCGGGGGACCCCCGUUCUGGCCACCUGCUCGCCCCCGUUUCCAACUUUACAGCUACCUCUGACUUUGCUCUGUUCGGAGACGGAGGCUUCUCCGCGGCGCAAGGCGCCACUUUCUGCAGCCAAGCGCGGGGUUUUGGCCAGACCGGCGGGCCGUUUGCCUGGUUCUCUGAUCAAGGCUAUAUGGUCACCAGCCCCACACGUCCGGCACAAACUGCGUUCAUCAGCCCACACUGGACCCCGCCCUUUACUCGCAGUGCCAUUUUUCCGGCCGCUGGGAGCGAUGGAUGCUCCCUUCUGACCACCUGCCGCUGGACCUAUCUGCCACGGCCUACCGAUGCCACCGUGCCAUCGGCGGCAGUUGGACAGAGCGCCCACGCUCAUGCAGAUGUGGCCGCCCUUGCGGACACGUGGGCGACGCAAGCGGGCCUGCCCUCCCCGCGCACCUGUCCACUCUGCCAAGCUGGGCCUGGCACGCCUCGCCAUGUCGUCAUGUCGUGCAAGGCCUUAGCCCCGGCCGCAGACAUGCUACGCGACGACAUAGAGGCUGAACUUCAAACCCUCGCCACCGCCGAGUCACUCCGCCAAGCAGCCCAGGCCUGGCAACAUCAGGCUCGCGCUGACGCCCUCCGCAUGGCGGCGCUGUGCACAGAUGCCAGCAUGGAGCAGACGAAGGCGCUGGAGCAUUUUGCCACCCUUCGCCAGCCCCUGGCGUUUACGACAGGCCUACCAAGCACGCUUGGAUGCUUGGAUACGAAUCUGCCGCAUCGCUAUCCCUCCGGCCUUGGGGGCCACUUGGGGGACAAUGCUCCAGCUGCUCUGCACCCGCCUCGGCAGGAUGCGGCAUCCUCACUCCGCACUUGGUUGGCCACCCCGCCCGGGCAGUCGCUGCUCACUGAGCUCCGUUGGGCCCUCCUGCGUCCGCCUGCUGCCUUGGCCAGACUCCGAGCUAUGGGUCCGUGCGGCCGACUAGCUGAUUCUGCCUUGCUGGCAGCGCUGGCUCAGCACGGGGCUGCAGUCUUCCAAGACGAUGCUCCUGCCUGGGGCGACCCUCAAUUGCCCACAUGGCAUGACGCCGUUGCUGGCCUGGCCCAACCGUGCGUCUGCCCGCAGGCCAACAUCCAACGCUUAUUUUGUUGCUGGACUUGUGGCGGGGCUGCCUGGCCGCCUUCCGGCCGGAACCCCUCACCAUGCCCUUUUUGCAAAGCUUGCGUUGGUGUUCCUUGUGCCUCGUGCAACCGCAUUCUGCAUUCUCGCACGCAGUGCCGUUGGAACUGCGGCGCUCACCCCGCUUAUUUCCGGCCUGACGCGGCCCCCCUCUGCCCGGACUGCUGGCUCAUGUGGGCCCGCGACUUGCAAGCUUGCCCUUUGCGUCGUCGUCCCCCGCCCCUUGCGGGCGAUCUCCUGCAGCACCUCCAGCAUGUUGCCGACUGCUGCCAAGCCGGAGCUGGCUCCCAGGCAGCUCUCCCAUCCGUGCUGCGGCUUAAGCAUGUUCGGCGGUGGCUGCUGGCACGCAUCCGCCAAUGUAGUGGCGCGGAUCUCGGCAGCUUGCAACAAGACCUGGCCGCCCGCUGCCCGGCUGACACGCCGGAAGACACCUUGCAACGCUUGCUCCUCUUAGCCUCGCAAGCACUCCGUGCGGAGGGCCUCGCCACCCUGCAGCGAGACUUCCUUGUGCCAGUCCAGGCCUUCCACGUGCUGCAGUCCCCAGCUGUAGCAGAUACGACCUUGGGGGCCGAUGACGCCUACGGAGGCCCCCCGAGAUGCUGGGCGGGGAAGAGUGGCGGAGGCCGCAGCUACUGCUGCAGGUCGAACUCUACCUACCUACCUACCAAGAUUCAAAUCGGUGAGUCUUGGUACGAGUUGGUGGCCAAGACUCCGGAUGGUCGCGAGCUUUGUUAUGCUUACAAUAUCAAGCGUGGAUGUCAGGUCAAGGGAUGCCAGCGCGUCCACGCGUGUCGCGUUAAGGGCUGCCAGGGCGCAACCAUCCAGCAUAUCAGCACGGCGCACAAGGUGGUUCCUGACUUCGCCGUGGUCCGUCUCGCAAAUCGGAUGUUCGUGGCUCCCUGGAGGCUCGGUGUGUACAGCCGGGUCCUCGGCCACUGCGAUCACGUCUUUAUCCUCGGGGCUUUCCUUGGCUAUCCGAUUCUCACCGAGCUCUUGUUGAACAUGGACUGGGAAGGUUGUCGCUUGGUCCUGGCCGGGUACACCAUUGCGAACGAUGGACAGCUCGUGGAAUCGGACCGGGAUGCUUUACUUGACUUGGGAUUCGACCUGCCAGGAAAGCGAAAGCGUGGCCACCGCGAGACCACUACCGCGGGGGACGGUGGUGACGAUGAGAAGGAGAUUGAGGACCUGCCGUAUAGCGAGCUGAAAUCUGGCUGUGAGGGACCGCCUUUGGUGGGCGAGUUCGCAGGGGCGACUGACGAGUUUGUGGACGGCUUCGGUAGAUGCUCGCCGGGGCGUUGGAAACCUCUCUGCCGGGGGCGCCACAUGUCUCCCGCCGCCACUGCCUUCGCACAACAGCUUAAGGAUCGUGUUCGAAAGUUUGUGCCUGAUCUGGCAAAAGCGACUUUUCGUCUGGCGACGGGGCAUUGGGAUGGUCCCUUGUUCGCCCCGGAGGCAAUGGACAAACUUCGUGAGGACUGGUUCAACAUGCUGCCGGACCCUGUACGGGCAAGGGAGCUGACUCCUCAUCAGCCAUUCUACUUGAGGGCGAUGGCACAGACUCUUAAAAUCUUGGAGGACCCCGACUACCGCAUCAUCGAGGAGGGCAAGUUCUGCUUCGUGAAUGGUGUGGAGGUCGGCCACACUGCGCCAUUGGGACCGGUCCCUCAAGUUUUCAGAGCUCGUCGAAAGGAUCAGAAAUACGAUGAGUCCGACUGGCAACCACUGAUGGAUAAUUAUCGGGACGGCCCUGAGGUUGCAAAAUCGCUUGAGGAGGCAUUUGCAAAAGAAGAAGCAGAAGGCCGUAUGUUCCCGCUUUCUCUUUCAGAGGCCCGGGUCCGCUAUCCGGGGGCGGCACUUCGUAUUGCAGCGCAGGCAGUGAUUCCGAAACCUGACCAAGAUUUUCGUGUGGUCCAUGAUGGGACCCACGGGGUCCACGUCAACAAUGAGAUUGUUAUGCUGGACCGUCUUGAAUCGCCAGGUGCUAGGGAAGUGUCUGCGAUCCAAAAGUUGGGCAACGUAUCCGAUGAGAAAGUCCUCUUCGGGCUGGUGGGGGACGUGAAAAAGGCGCACAGGCGCUACUUGCACCAUCCCGACCAUUGGGGGGUGCUCUCCUGCAGAACGCGGUGCCAUUGGAUCAUCAGUGGCAUCGAAUCCAUGGAGGGAAACGGCUGGCUUGUGGAUGUCCGACGAUUUCAUGAGCUUCACGGCGACGGGUUUAUCGCUGACCGCUUGAGGCACGGUGCUCGCACUUACGAAUCGGGCCGUCUUGAGAAGGACUGUGGGGAGCUUUUCCGCACGGAUGCCGCUUGCAAUGAUUCUUCGGUUGUCUUGGGCGGAUGGUUUUUGCACAAAGGGCCGGAUCCAAAGAAGGCCCCAUGGUUUCAGAUCACUUUGAGCACGGACGAUGCUCCUUGGUUGUUCAAGAAGGAUUCGGGCAGUUCGUGGGCGAGCACUUCGGCUGAGGUUCUUGCUUCGCUUGCGGCGCUACACUUGUUGAGACGUGACUUCAAGGAGCUUUGGUCUGUCCCAGGGCACUUCCGUGCUAGCUUCUGUGGCGGGACAGAUAAUAAAUCUGCCGAGGCGCUAUCCUGCAAGCUGCUUACGACGCGAGUGCCACUCAUGUUCGUUGUGAUGGAGUUUGUCACCUUUUGUGACGCCUUGGGUUUCAGGUGUAACCUCAGUUGGAGACCCAGGGACUCCAAUCAGGAGGCGGAUCGCAUCACCAAACAUAUUUUCGAUGACUUCGAUGACAACUUGAGAUUACCUUUCAGUUGGUCAGAAAUGACCUUGUCAGUUCUGCCGUCUCUCUUGAGAUUCGCGAGCUUUCAGUCGGAACUUGAUACCAUCAAGACCUCGACGGCAGGUGAUGGAACAAAGUCAGCUCCUCGAAUAAGGUUCGAGAAGAGUCAGUGGGGAUGA